ACUCCAUACCAGUAAGUGGCGGUAAUGCUACUAAAAGUUUGUUGCCAACCGCCAAUAAAACCAACAAGAAGAAGAAGAAGAAGAAGAAGAAGAAGGAAGUAUUAACAAAUCCUUCACUACGUGGCCGUAAACAUGGCUACAGGAGCGGAUCAGGCUGCCGGGAUGAGUCUGGUUGUGUUCAGCCUCCUGCUGUUCACAUAUUACACAGUGUGGGUCAUAGUACUGCCUUUUGUGGACGGUGAUCAUGUCCUUCACAAAUAUUUCCUCCCUCGGGAAUACUCGGUUAUCCUGCCCGGAGUCGCUGCAGUAGUCCUGCUGCUGUGUAUAGGAGCCUUCACCGCAGUCAUCAUGUGGAAACAUGGCAAACCAAAGAAAGUGGACUGAAGUCUGGAUGUUUGUGGGACCCAUGUGGAGUCAACUCUGUUUUCUGACACCUCCUGUUUAGAUGUAAGAGAAGGUCACCUGACCUCUUUUUUCCAUGUUUGAUCCAUUUUGGGGUUAAUUGAAACCAGAGGAACUCAUUUUUCCACACAUGCAGCUGUGACCUGUUCUCACCUCUCCAGUUUGCCCAGUUUGGAAAAUCUGAACUUUGGUUCUUCCCAGUAGUUGGUUUACAGAAGACUGAAUGUCCUGAUGAUUUCAGGUCUUCUGGAUCUUCUGACUCUGUGUUGCACCUCCUAACAGCUGUUAUCCUCCAUCUACUAUCUCCUCCCAGUGUUCAGACACACUUCAGCAGAGGCUCUCCACUCUCACACCAGAUUACAUCCAUCUGUGGAGAACAGAGAAACUCAACACGGGGCUUCAGGAAGGACAUCUGAGUUCAAAUAAAACCCAGACUGCUGAGCUUGGCAGGUUCAGUUUGUUAUAAGGAAUAUUCUGUUUUUAUUGGAUCUAAUAACUGGAGAUGAAGAAACCUCAAACUGAGGCUGAUGUGUUAAAUAAUGAGAACUGAGUGGACGUCUGUCAUCGGUUUGAAAAACAUCUGAAUCUUCUGUAGAUAUUCUGAGUUUGUUGAGAUGGAUUUGGAUACAGUUUCCAGGCGGACUGUUGUUGUUUUCACAAAAAACAAUAAAGAAAUGGAAAAGGUU